AGUGGGGGAACAACCAUUUUUCAGAAGCCAUGUCCUUAUUAAUACCCACAGAGAGAGAUUUUGAAGACGCUAGGGAAGGACGUGAAACAAUCCCGGUAUACCAGGAAACAAUUGCUAAAUUGAACAAGAGAAGUCCAAUCACUAACGAGUUAGAAUUUCCUUGGGAUUUUGAAUUUGUACCUGGAUUCUUCAAACAGGCCGACCCAAAUACUGACGACUUGAAUUUUAACUAUGUUGAUUGUGAUUUUGGAAUCACGAAACCUUGGUCUGAUAUUGUUGAACAGCUAAAUGAAUUAAACAUCAAUGCAAAAGAUAAUGAAUGUUAUAAAUUAUUAUUUUUGGCCCGUCAUGGCCAGGGUAACCAUAAUAUAGUUGUUAGUAAGUAUGGGAUUGGCGAAUGGAGAAGAAAGUGGCAUGAAUUAGAACGCGAUGGAGACCUCGUUUAUGGGCCAGAUCCAGUAUUGACUGAAGUUGGUAUUAACCAGGCAAAAGAGAAUAAUCAAGCCUGGAAAGAACAAUUGGCUAAGAAUGCCCCAAUUCCUUCUAAAUUCAUAGUUUCUCCUCUUCAAAGGUCAUGUAACACAUUACUCAUUACAUGGAAGGAUAUAUUCCCAGAAAACACCAAACCAGUCAUUGUUGAGAACGUUAGAGAAAUGCUAGGGUUUCAUCUUUGCAAUAAGAGAUCAAACAAAACUACCAUUUUGGAACGUUUUGGUAAGCACGGAUUUAUUACUGAACCUGGUUUCGAAGAAGAAGAUACUUGGUAUGUGCAUGAGGUAGAAGAAACUGCUGCUGAACAGUGUUUACGUACUAAUAGGUUCAUGCAGCAGCUUUUCGAUGAGCAAUGGGAUUCAUCUCAAUCUAAAACUGAUCCAACAAAAGAUCAAGUUGUAUCGGUUACUUCUCAUGGUGGUACAAUUAAAACUUUUUUGGGGGUCAUCGGCCAUAGAGCUUAUACCAUUCCAACUGGAGGAAUGAUCCCUGUUGUGGUAAAAGGAACCCGUCACUAAUAUAGUUAUGCUUAUAUAUCAAAUCACUCUUCAAGAAGAGAAUUUGCAAACUCAAGAAAGAACAAUUGGCACUUUCAAUAAAUGUUGCUUCCUGAUAGAAAAUAGACACUAAUUAAACAACAAUACUUCUUUUGCUUACCUAUGGUAAAUAAUUUUAAUAUAAAAUCAAUUUAGACAUGA